AUGUAUUUGGAUCUUUAUCUUGACAAAUACGAAAAAGGUCCACUGUACGUGAAACGAUUGGCAUACAUAUGUCUGGAAUUUCCCGUCUCUUCAGACGUGGUCCACAGAUUGCUGGACAUGAUUGUGGACCCAAAGUCUCCUUACAAAUAUUUUAGGGACACCCCCCGCCUGCUGAGAAUCAGUGACAGCCAAAUAUACCUGCAACGCUACAACGAAUUGCAGGCGGCAAUCAACUCGAAGCCGAAUUUCGAUGACGAGCUGCUCAAGCUCGCCAAACAGGAACCCACGCAGGCCAAUUUCGAGCGCAUAGUCGACCUCUUGCAUCUGCGCACAGUGCACACGCUCAUGACUACUGCCUCGAGCGAUAACAUUGGUGAUAACUCAGGUUUUUACUAUAACUUGGGGCCAGAAUACUCGGCCAUGUUCCGAAAACGCUCAUUCAGAGAAUUGCAGAAGCUGAUGGUGUACAAGGCCUACGACGGCAAUCUGGCCUCGUCCACGGUGUUUAUGCGGCGGAAAUUGCAACAGGUCUUGGAAUACGAGCGCGACGACGAGAGCGAUGAGGACGAUAGAAUGGGCUCCGACGAGUACAGUUUGGAAAAAGAGGAGGCCGUUGCAUACUGGACUUGUCGAUGGUAUUUGCUCUAUGCGCUUUUUCUGGGCAAUAACUAUCAGGCAGUGAUUGAAGAAUACUUCCAACUCAUAAAGGAGCCAGCCAUUGCCGGUUAUACUGCUUCAGACAUUCUGACAAACGAGUACAGCAAUGAACUGAUUUUGAGAGAGUAUCUGCUGCGCACUGUGUGUUUCUCCGUCCUGGUGGCGGAGAAAAUGCAAAACCUGGAGACCAUAUGGACGGAAAUGAUCAGAGAAACUUUCUCCUCGGAUCCGCCCUUACGAAAACUCAUAAAGCUCUAUACCGGUUGCCGUUUUUCUGAUCUGAAAAGUAUCCUCAACGAGUUCCAAUCGGAAUUCGACUACGACGAGCAGCUUUCCCAAAGUUAUAGGCUCUGGAAACGGACGUUUGAGUACAAGAUAUGCGUAUUCUAUCUGUCGCUGGUGAAAAAAGUGACUUUCGAUCAUCUGGAAGCGUUUUUGGGAACUCCAAGCGAGGAGAUCACUAAACUGAUCAGUCUGUUCAAGCUACGAGUCAAGAUUGAUCAGAAAAACAAUCUUGUCGAGUUCCAGGACACCGAUAGCUACAACGACCUGGACAGACAAAUUCAGUCGCUGAACGAUGCUACUGUGGCGGAAAUGAGAGCACUGGAAAUCAAUAGGAUGGUUAAAGAGGCGUUCGAUUGA